AUGUCCGACCAACCGAUACCACGUCCUGGCUGGUCAACUGUCCAACAGCCAGCCAAUGUGUAUUACUUCCGCCCCUACAGUUUUUAUUGGCCGGGGGCCUUCAUAUUCAUUGGCGCAUUUGGCUGCUCUGGCCUUACUGGGACCCUUGACCGCGGCAGCAGUAUCCUCCUAUGGACUGUCUACACCGUCGGCGUGCUUGUUAUCAUGUUGAUCGACCCUUUAUGCAUUUUCGAACAGAAACAGGUCGACGAAAAUGAGUGUUCUUUCAUCGUACGCCGUCCACUGGUCGGAUUCCGCUCCUGUGAGCAGACCGUACCUCUAGAAGUCCUUGAGCGGGGACUCUGUCGUACAGUGGACGGCGAGGACCAGCCUCGUCUCCGGGAUGGAUAUCGCUAUGGACCCGCAUUCUGGCGCAUCUAG